CGACCGGCCGAGAAUACCAACCAAUCCCCAUCUCCUCAUCGUCCGGCUCGGAUCUUACCCAAAACCAGUCCAUUUCCCCGACCCCCUAACCCUAAACUCUGCCGGAUCCUCCGAUCGGACUCCGGACCAGCCGCGAGCAGCUCCCGCUCCCGCUCGGGUUUUUCGCCGCUUUUGGCUCAUCUUGACCUGAUGCAAUGGAAUUAUCAAAUGAUUCAGCUAUCAAGAAACCAAAAAGGUUGACGUCUGUUGUUUGGAAUCAUUUUGAACGCAUCCGAAAGUCCGAUAUAUGUUAUGCUGUUUGUCUACACUGUCAGAAGAAACUCAGUGGAUCAAGUAAUAGUGGAACAACACAUUUGAGGAAUCACUUGAUGCGAUGCUUGAAACGAUCUAACUACGACGUGUCUCAACUGCUUUCAGCAAAAAGAAGGAAAAAGGAAAGCACGCUUGCCCUCGCUGGCAUUAGCUAUGACGAGGGACAGAGAAAAGAAGAUUUUGCUAAGCCUCUGGCUUUAAAGUAUGAUCACGAGGUGAAGCGUGAUGAAAUCAUUAGUCUUGGAAGCAGUAAGUUUGAUCAAGAUCGCAGUAGGCUUGAUCUUGCCCGUAUGAUCAUUUUGCAUGGUUACCCUCUGGCCAUGGUUGACCAUGUUGGAUUUAAAGUAUUUGUCAAGAACAUUCAGCCACUAUUUGAUGUAACAUCUGAUGGUGCUGUUGAGAAUUCCUGCAUGGAAAUCUACGGAAAAGAGAAGGAGAAAGUGCGUUUGGCAUUAAAUAAUCUGCAAGGCAGAAUCAAUGUCAAUAUUGAAAAGUGGUUCUCAAUAGAAAAUGCUGAAUAUUUGUCUUUGACAGCAAAUUACAUUGAUGAGGAUUGGAGGCUGAAGAGGAAGAUUCUUAAUUUUGUUACACUCGAUUCUUCUCACACGGAAGAUAUGCUUUCAGAAGUAAUUAUCAAUUGCCUAAUGGAAUGGAAUGUCGACUGUAAGUUGUUUGCUGUGACAUUUGAUGAUUGUUCCACUGACGAGGGUAUUGUCAUGAAAAUUAAAGAGCAGAUCUCUCAGAGCAAGCCUCAGUUGAGUGCUGGUCAAUUAUUGGAUGUUCGUUCAGCUGCACACGUUGUGACUGACAUCGUGCAAGAUGCAAUUGAAGCGCUGCGAGAGGUGACACGUAAGAUUCGUGGAAGCGUGAGAUAUAUUAAGAGUUCAAAGGUAAAUCAAGAGAAGCUCAAUGAUUUUGCUCAACAAGUUGGAAUUAAUAGCCCAAAGAGCCUGGCACUUGAUUGCCCAGUUCGAUGGAACUCAACAUAUCUCAUGGUUGAAGCAGCAUUAGAGUAUAGGGGUGCGUUUUCUCUUUUGAAAGAGCACGACCCCUUGUACACAUCUGCUUUAAGUGACACAGAAUGGGAAUGGGCGAAGACUGUUUGUGGAUAUUUGAAAGUUUUGUAUGAAAUUGCUAUUGUCCUUUCGAGCAACAGAUGUCAAACUGCGAAUGUCUACUUCCCAGAGAUUUGCCAUGUACACAUCCAGUUGAUUGAAUGGUGCAAGAAUCCUGAUGACUUCAUUAGUAACAUUGUGCAGAAGAUGAAAACUAAGUUUGACAAAUACUGGAAUAAAUGUAGUUUGUCUUUGGCUGCCGCAGUCAUUUUAGAUCCACGAUUCAAGGUGAAGUUGGUCGAGUAUUACUACUCUCAGAUAUAUGGCAGUACAGCUCUGGAUAGAAUAAAAGAGAUAUCUGAUGGGAUUAAACAAUUGUUCGAUGCAUAUUCUAUAUGCUCCUCAUUGGUUGAUCAAGGUUCAGCUUUACCUGGCAGCAGCUUGCCCAGUAUGUGCAGUGACUCUAGAGAUAGACUGAAGGGCUUUGACAAGUUCCUCCAUGAGACAUCUCAGAAUCAAAGUGGGGUAUCUGACUUGGACAAGUACUUGGAAGAACCAGUCUUUCCUCGUAAUUGUGAUUUCAACAUCUUAAAUUGGUGGAAGGUUCACACUCCUCGCUACCCUAUAUUGUCCAUGAUGGCACGAGAUGUUUUGGGCACCCCCAUGUCAACUGGCGGUCUGGAAUCAACAUUUACUAGUGGGCCCAGAAUGCUUGAUCAAGUUCAAAGUUCACUUGACCCAGAUAUCCGUCAAGCAUUGAUUUGCACGAGAGAUUGGUUGCAGAUGGAAUCAGAAGAGCUCAAGUCAUCCACAAGCCAGGCUAUAGCCCUUUACGUUGAAGCAACUUAGUUUGUUAAAGUGUCGAUGGAUCUCAUCACCUCAUUUGAGUUGCUUGUCCUGACCUGCUGGGUGUAACCAGUGCUGUCAAGUCAAAGAAAACCUUAAUCUCUUCUUGCAUGUCCAUAGCGUAUAGUAAAAGCCUUGAGUUUGCUGUUGCAUUUCCUUGUCCAUAUAGUCAAGUGUAUAUUUUGACUUACGCUCAUUGCUACGCAGUUUCUAGGAAUCCUUGAAGAAUCUUUGAUUCAUGAAAGAAAGAACACCUUCUUGAUCCUUAGAAGUUUAGCUAUGCUGAGAUCUAGUAGUUCGAUGUCUAGAUUCUGACAAGAUGUCAGAAGCUUUUGAUCAUCUUCAUUUGGAGAUUUUCUUCAGAUGAUCCCGCGUUAGAAGGAUGAGAAAUUGGUCAAUUUAUAUAAAAGGAUGAGAGAUUCAUUGCCUUCUGUCAUAUCUGUGAAUAAGAAUACUCCCUUUCAUCUUCAA